GUGGAGGGGGGAUCUGGUUGUUAGUGCUGAUGGAGUGUUUGGGAAGUUGACGGAGGUUAUGUUGAAGAGGCCGGAUCCACCGAUCAAAACCGGGGAUUUGGCGUAUCGGUUGUUGUUGUCCACGGAGGAGAUGUUGAAGGAUCCCGAGUUGAGAGGGUUUGUGACGGAUCCUCAGGUUAAUUAUUGGCUGGGGCCAGAUAAACAUGCCGGUUUGUUAUCCCUUUUUCAAGUAUGGACGGGGGGCUAAUGAGCGCAGUGAACUAUGUUCUGCGACAAGGGGAACUGUUUAAUAUGGUGUUGCUUGUGCCUGAUGAUAUCCCCGAGCAGUCGUUGGCCUCGACGGUCGAGGGCAAUGUGCAGGAAAUGUGUGCGUUGUUUGAGGGAUGGGAUCCGAGGAUCCAAAAACUCCUCAAGCUCUGCCAAUCCGUGCACAAAUGGCGUCUCUGCAUCCGCUUCGGCGACUACGACUGGACGCAUCCUUCCGGGGCAUGGGUCAUGCUAGGCGAUUCUGUGCAUGCUACACUUCCCUACCUUGCUUCUGGUGCAGGAAUGGCCUUUGAAGACGGCGCCGUGCUCGGCGAAUGUCUCUCCCGUCUCCCAUCGGGCCCUAACGUCUCAAAAUCCUCACCCGAGUUCAUCGCCGCCAAGCGCCACGCUCUGGCCGUAUUUGAGAAAUGUCGCAAGCAGCGCACGCAGAUGGUUGUAGAGCGGGGAAAUACGCAGCAGUAUCUGUAUCAUUUGCAUGAUGGGCCUGAGCAGGAGGAGCGCGAUCGGAAGAUGCGCAUGGUGCCUACGCCCGAAGGGGAGGCGCUGGCGUGGAGGGAUCCGGGGUUGGCGCCGAAGUUGUUAGGAUAUGAUCAUAUAGCGGAUGUGGACGCAAACUGGGAAACAGUGGGCGAAAAGGUGGAGGUAGAGGUAGCGAGGUUGUGAGUACUGCAUAAGAGUUGAGUGUUUACUCUGGCUGAAGGGAUGGCAGACAUUAGAGGAUA